UUGUCUGUGUAUGAGAGCGGAGAGAAGACGUCCGAGUCAGAGGUGAAAGGGAAGAGGUCAGUCAGAAACAGAAACAUGGCUGCUCCCGUGGAUGACAUGUUUUCCUUCUGCGUGGACCCCUCUAAAGCCUCCACCUGCGUGGACGUCCGUUUUAUAGACAACCUGAAGGGGAAGGGUCUCUUCGCCAAAAAGAGCAUCAAGAAGGGAGACGCCAUUUUCCUCGAGCGGCCUCUGGUCUCGGCCCAGUUCCUGUGGAAUGCUUUGUACAAAUAUAAAGCCUGUGAGUACUGCUUACGUGCUCUGGAGACUGCAGAGGAGAAUGCGAGGAGACUCAGCGGCAUCCCUGGACUCAGCAUCCCUCACCCCGAGCUCUGCCGUGUUCGACCCGAGCUGCACCAAGCCUGCCCUCAAUGCCAGGUGAUGUACUGUAGCAGCGAGUGUCGACAAGCUGCAGCAGAUCAGUACCAUCGAGUUCUGUGUUUGGGUUCCUCCCAGGACGAUCCGGACCACCCCAUCAACAAGCUUAAAGAUGCAUGGAGGAGUAUGCAUUAUCCACCGGAGACCUCCAGCAUCAUGCUUAUGGCCAGAAUGGUAGCUGCAGUCAAACAGGCCAAAGACAAAGCACACUGGCAGAAGCUGUUUACACACUUCUGCAGUCGGACAGGAAACGAAGAAGAGGAGAUCGCCCACAAGCUCCUGGGAGAGAAGUUCAGAGGGCAGCUGGCCUUGCUACACAGCUUUUUUAAAACAGCACUUUACGAUGAUCAUCUGAGUCGGUGGUUCGUCCCUGAGGGUUUUCGCUCUCUGUUCGCUCUUGUGGGAACCAACGGUCAAGGCAUCGGCACCAGCUCCUUGAGUCAGUGGGUUCAUGCCUGUGAUGCACUUCAGCUUCCUGCCCAGCAGAAGGAGCAAUUGGACUCUUUUAUCGACCAGCUAUACAAGGACAUUGAGAAAGAAACGGGAGACUUCCUAAACUGUGAGGGCUCUGGACUUUUUCUGCUUCAAAGCUCAUGUAACCACAGCUGCAUACCCAACGCAGAGGCGUCCUUCCCCGACAACAAUUUCCUGCUUCGGCUCAGCGCCCUUAGUGACAUCAACCCAGGAGAGGAGAUCUGCAUCAGUUAUUUGGACUGCUGUCAGCGGGACCGGAGCCGUCACAGCAGACACAAAGUUCUGAGGGAGAACUACCUGUUUGUCUGCUCGUGUCCAAAGUGCGUCUCCCAGAUGGACGAGCUGGAUGUGACAUCAGAGGAGGAAGAGGAGGAAGGCGAGGCAGAAGGUGAAACGGAGGGGGAUGAGAUGGAGGAUGAGAUGACAGAUGUCUGACGAAAGACUUGCGCAUGUUGUUCUCAGCCGUCUCCUUUUCCUGCCACCAUGCCAAGCAACCAUGAGGUCCUGAGGAACAGAGACAAAGUUCAACCACAAUCUGCAUUUCAUCAGAACUGUCCAAAUGUGUGGAAAGAUGUCUUAUUAUCACCACAUUUCACUCAUUCUUUGUGCAGUUUUAGAAAUCAGCCACAGAAAACUGUAUGUCCGUAUUAGGGCAGUGGUAGUUUUCAUUGUACUUCAGCACACUGGGGGGUUUAAAUAAAACUAAGACUUUCAGGGUUUGUGGUUGAACAUUUAAAGGGAUAGUUUGGGUGUUUUCAAGUGUGAUUGUAUGAUGUACUUAUCCAUAGUCAGUGUAUUACCUACAGUAGAUGACGUUCGGCACACCACAGCUUGGAGAAACAGACAAGAGUUACCGCAUGGGAGCAAAUCAAUGUACUGCUGUGGACAAGGCUGGUAGCAAAAUGUAUGUUAGUCAUGUAAAAGAAAGGCCCACCUAAAAAAAUCAAUAUCAGUUUAAGUGUAUGCUAUAUUUUGAAUGUUUUCACUGGUUUACCUUGCUGUCAGACAGCUAUACAGGCUGUGUUUCCAACGGGGAACUGAAG